CAAAUCCCUUUCGUUUGGUUUAAUAAAAAUAAUUUUUCGAAAACAUCAGUAAUUUCAAUGAUAACGUAAAGGUAUCUGGAAUGAACCAACAAUAUGAAAUAUCUCAAAGGACUAAUUUAAUUUAUAAACAUCAUCAACCAACACACCGCCUUAUCUACAAGUGCUCAGCGUCAGUUGCUUUAUUCCGGUAAUUGAUUAACUUGCGAUACAUUCUAAAAGCUACUACAACAACCUAACACUAAUUAAAUGAAUCCUCUCAGGGACAUUCCCUACAUUACACUUUUCACAGAAUACAAAAGUUCAAAGUAGAAGAAAAGUCCUGACAAAGUUCAUUGUUCAACAAGUAUUCGAAGUGAAAACAAGUGUUCUCUAAAAUUUUAUUAUAAAAUGGAAAUGAAAGUUAGUGAUCCGAGUAUUGCAAGGAGUACGGAAUCAGUUUAUUCUGACUUUGGUUCCAGCAUUCCGACUGAUGUUUUGAGUGAUGUCCCUAGUGAUGUGAUUAUUGAGUCACGCAUUAAGUAUGGCACAAAGUUGCAAAUGUUUCAAGGAUUCAUGAUGGAAUACUCGAAGAAAUCCUCACUUCAUGGAGUCCGGUAUAUUUUUCAAAGGAAAAGGCCAUUAAUCGAAAGGCUUUUCUGGGCUGUUAUGUUUAUAUCAUCUGUAAUUUUCAGCUGCGUGGUUAUCAGGCAGAUACACAUUAAAUUUUUGGAAUCUCCGGUAAUAGUCAGUUUUGAUGAAACUUUGAUUCCUAUCAACAGAGUUCCCUUUCCGACCAUUACAAUUUGUCCAGAAUCAAAAAUGGAAACGGAAGUAUUCAAUUUUUCCAAUGUUAUUGAAAGGUUCAAUUUUGGAAAUGAUAGCGCGCAAAACAUAACAUUUGAAGAAAUGGAAAAACUUUCGGCGACGCUUCACAUUUGUGAUUUAGAGGUUGCUGAAACAAUAGCUGCAUUUUUGCCAAAAGAUUAUGAACCUAAUAUUGGCGAUGUCUUGAGAGAAAUAGCAGUUUCAAAGAACAUUACUGCACCUUUCUGCAAAUGGAGCAAUCGAUUUUAUUUCUGUGAGCAUAUUUUCUCAUUGGUAGCUACGGACGAUGGAAUAUGUUAUCAAUUCAAUGGAAUGCAACCAGCUGAUAUCUAUCGAAAUGAAAGCUACGCAACUCAAAUACCAGAUGAUAUUGAAGUUGAUUUCAACAAAAAUGUUGAUCGCAAACCGAAUGAUCCUCCUAUUCAAUACCAAGGAUCUUGGUCAAUAGAAGAAGGUUAUAUUAACCAGACCGAAGAGUCUUACCCACUUAGGACUAUAAUUUCAUCAGCAAGAACUGCAUUUGUUGCAUUGCUUCAAGGCCUUGGCCAUAAUUUGGAUUAUAAGUGUAGAAGUUUGAGACAAGGUUAUAAGGUUUACUUAAAUUCACCCCAAAACGUUGUAUUUUCUACUAGCAAUUACUUUCUAGUUCGACAUAAACAGGAACUGAUUGUACAAAUUUAUCCUGUUUAUACAACGACUUCAAAAGGUGUGCGGAAACUCAAUCCAGAAAUGCGGCAGUGCUUUUUCAACAGUGAACGUUACUUGAGAUUUUUUAAACACUAUUCGGAGAGUAAUUGCCAGUUUGAAUGCUUAACUAAUUUUACCAUUGCGAAAUGUGGAUGUGUCAAGUUUUCUAUGCCACAACCUGAGGGAAUAAGAGUGUGCAGUCACUCAGACAUUGCAUGUUAUCACGAAGCUGAAGAUGACCUUCUCAAGGUGCAGCAAAUGGAAAUCCAACAAUCACUCAAGGAUUCUGCAAUGUUAAAGAGUGGGUGCAACUGUCUACCGGGGUGUACAUCACUGAGCUAUAAUUUUGAUAUAUCCCAGGCACGCAUGGCAGGAUUGGGCACAAUUCAGGCAACGAACGACUCAUAUGAUGAGCAUCCUGACUUCAUGUGGUCAAGACUUACAGUUUAUUUUAAGGAGAAACAAUUCACAGCUAUGAAACGAAGUGAACUAUAUGCCGUGACAACGCUUAUUGCCAACUACGGAGGAGUUUUGAGCCUUUCUAUUGGAUUCUCUCUUUUAAGUAUAGUUGAAUUACUAUAUUUUAUUACAAUACGUCUGAAGAACAGCUUGAACAAAAGAUCGUCUAAAGCUAAUUAAUAAAUCAUAAAAUGAAAUUAAAGUGCUUUUAGCUCAUAACUUUUUAUUAAAACAUAAUAAAUUAAAUAAACCUAAUAUUUUAUUUUAA